CGCCAGAGCAGACUGUCCAGGCUUGGGUCUCGUUCCCCCUCUUACUCCUGCCUUCGUUCUGUCUUCUGAAAGGCAGAUGCCAGCAGGACCGCCGGGUGGGGUCCAGGCCAGGGGCUCAGAACAGGGCCUGGCAGACCUGGCGAGUGCUAAAUGCAAGCUUGCUUUGUGAUUUUCCCCCGCCAGGUACCACCGGGAAGAUUUCAUCGCCACCACCCGUCCUUUCUGCCAGGCAAAUGGAGAGGAAGGUGGAGAGCCUCUCCAUUCAGCUGCAGCUGAUGGCCCGAGAGGGGAACGAGCUGCGGAAGCGCCUGGCCUUUGCCACACACGGGACGGCCUUGGACCCGAGGCCCUACUACAGGCUGACUCGCCACUAUGAGAGGCUGUAGAUGCAGUGUGUGCGGGUCGUGUCGGACCUUCAGAGCCUGCAGAAGCAGCACAGCAAUGCCUUAAAGAGGAUCGAGGAGGCAGCCAAGGAGUCCGACUACUACCACACACUCCAUAGCCGGCUCCUGAGCGAGCAGACCCAGCUGAAGGAUGGCAUGGACGUGCUGAGGCGGGACAACGGACAGCUGUUGCGGGAGCGUAACCUGCUGCAGCAGCGGUGGGAGCACGUGACGCGGCUCCAUGAGGAGGACCAGAAGGAGACUGGUGACCACUGGGCCGAACAACAGCAGCAGCGUGCUGGGAUUCACUGUGGCCAGCGGGAGCCUCUUCAGGACUGCUUCUCGUUUUGA